AUGUCAAUCACGUCAAAUUUUAGAAAAAUAAGUCGUGUCGUGUGUUCAACCUAAUCAAUGUUAUAAAAAAUUGUUUUAAGUACAUAACUUAAACACUGGUUGUUAAUAUUAAUAUGGUAGGUCAAGAGAGUGAAAUUGAAAAUGGAAAGGUGACAGCGGUAGAAAAUUCUGAUAAGAAAAAUGAGAAGGCACCCAUCCUCCUCAACUUAGAAAUAUUUCGGAUAACAAGAGACAGUCAGCAGCAGCAUGGUCUCCGACAUGCUGAUUAUCAGAGAUAUCGUGGCUAUUGUUCGCGCCGCAUAAGAAGACUGCGAAAAGUACUCAAAAUACCACAGGGAGACAGACGCCAUUACCGUCGUCGUGAUGUCACAACUACCCACCUUACGGCCAACAAUGCCGAGAAUAGAUUGCUGUACAUACCGCUGCUGCAAGCCGAGAGGGCAUGGGCUCAUGCCAUGCAACUGCGUCAGGAAGCUAAUACCGAACCAAGAAAAAAGUUUCAUCUUGUGUCUCGACUGAAGAAAGCAUGUGCACAUGGGCAGAUGCUUUUGCAGCUUUGUGAGGAAAGCGGCAGGUGCGAAGCGCGUACGGUGCUAGAGGCGGGCGCGUACGCUUCUUGGCUGCGGGGCGUGUUGCUGCUAGAGUUGCAACAAUGGCGCGAGGCAGCGGACUCAUUGCAGCGGGCCAGGAUCGUACUCGAACAACUCUGUACAGCCUUGCCGGCGGACGAACGGAUUGUUUACGAUCAGAAGCUAGAGGAGUUGAAGCCGAGUCUUCGUUAUUGCGCUUACAACAUCGGUGACGAGUCCGCCGCCGGAGACCUUAUGGCCAUGCGCGGUCAAGGACUCAUGCACAACCUUGAUGCUCUGAUGGCACAGGCUAAAGAGUCGCGUUCUGGCAUUAUGCACGAAGUAGAGUGGCGGGGCCGUCGCGUCACUGUCAAACCGGAAAAGGUUCGACUUUUCCUUAUUGCUCUACAGGAUCUGGACAAAUCCGUGUCCAAGGCGGAAACGGCUCAAGCCAAGAUCGACAUUCUCGAGAACAUCCUGAUGGACUGCAAGGAUGCAAUUUCCGCAAUCAAGGACGAGAUAAAAACCGAUCCGAAACUGAAAUCCGCACCCGAGAUCCAAGCCUCCAGCGUCGGCUACCUGCUCUCGUAUUUGAUGUACGUGCGACUUGUACGCACUAUCGAGCGAAACAAUUUGCUCGUCGAACAAGCUGAAGAAGCGCGCAAGAACAACAUCCAGAUCGACGGAAAGAAAGUCCGGCCUCAAGACUUGACCAGGCUCUACGAGAUCAUUCUGCAGAAUUACAAUGACCUGCAACAGUUGCCGGGCUUUGAGAACGACGCAGUUUAUCAAAAGGAAAUCGAUACGCAGAUGAAGGCGUAUCGCGCGUUCCGUUGCUAUUACAUCGCUCAAGUGCUCACCGGACUGAGGCGCUUCAGGGAGGCCUUGGCGAUGCUUGAAAGAUGCAACACGUAUACCGUUGAAUCGCUCAUAAGUAAACUGGACAAUCAACAACUAAAAGACAAGUUGCAAGUCUUGAAGAAGGACAUAGAAAGCUGCAAAUUCGAAGUCCACGCUGAUUCUGUGCUCGAGGAUGAUGAAGAAGACGAAGAGAGUAAAUACGCUUCGAGCGGCAAAUCUUACAAAGACAAGAAGCCUCUGGUGGAGCGUUUGGACGAUUAUCGAGAAGAUUCCCAGGUGCUUACGAAGAACCCAAAUAUUUAUAGAAUGCCUCCCCCAAUGGAAGCGAUUCCUUGUAAGCCACUGUUCUUUGAUUUGGCCUGCAAUUUCGUUGAGUUCCCGAAUUUGGAUGAUAAAACGGGCGCUACAGAUGGCAAGAAGCAAGGUGCAGGACUCACUGGACUCGUUAAAGGAUUUUUGGGUUGGGGAAAAAGCGAUAAAUAGAGAUUCAAUAGAUUAUAUACAUUUUCAUAUCUACUUCAAUAUAAAUGGAAUCCAAUAUUAA